AACUGACCCAAAAUAUGAGAAAAGACUCAUUUUAUCACUUUCUCUAUCCUCCCAAUUAUCAGUCCUCACUCCUCAGACUAGAUCUGUCGCGACUGCCGCCUCGGCGCCGCUUACCGGAAUUCUACCGCAAAAGAAAGGUCGCCGUUGCCGACAGGUCUGCUGAGGUGCCGCACUCGCCAGCCCCAUACUCCGACUGUCCGACACUCGCCCAGUCGCCCGCUCGCCGAGUACGCGCUGCUUGGAAACGCCGGAACUCGGAAGCCCGGAACUGCCGCCUGCCGGAUUGCGGAAAUGAUACCUGUCAAAAAGGUCAAAUGGGAAACAACAACCCGAUCUUCGACAAUUUAUGUUCAAGAAAAUGAAAUCUCAAGAAACUUCAUCUACUUCUCCGGUAGAUAGUGAAACUCCUUCUCCUAAUGCUAGUGAGCCUAGUGUGUCUCCUCCUCAUGAAUCCCUUCAAACUCAAGAAAAUGAUAUGCAUGAAUUUGGUUAGAUUGAUGCAUGAUGGGGAUGCUAUCCAACCGCCUUGCGUCGAGCUUUCUUUCCUCCUACAAGUUAUGUUCUAAGGCAGAGUCUACAUUGAGAGCAGGCGAUAUUUUACAACUGAGAAGAACAUUUACAAUUGAGGAUGUUGUUGAAUAUUCCAGAGUCAGUUCUGACACGAAUCCUUUGCACUUGGACACUGAUUGUGCUCAAAAUGCUGGAUUUGAAGAUCGACUUGUUCAUGGGAUGCUAGUUGCUUCCUUGUUUCCUCGGAUUAUAUCCUCCCAUUUUCCUGGUGCUGUUUAUGUUUCACAGAACUUACAAUUCAGACAACCUGUCUAUGUUGGAGAUGAAGUUGUUGCUGAGGUACAGGCAAUGAACAUAAGGGCUUUCAAGAAGAACCACCUCGUGACAUUUUCGACUAGGUGCUUGAAGAAAGACAAUGUCCUUGCUCUCGAUGGUGAAGCUACGGCAAUCUUACCUUCUCUGAUUAAGCAAUGACUAGUGAAAUAAGAGAAAUUUUGUGGUACUAUAAAUGCAUUUCCUUGGCUUGAAAAUGGAAUAUCAUUGUCUGUGAAUCCAAUUUUUGUGCUUGUAAAAAGUGUAGUGCUCUCUAGUCAUUAGUACUGUAAUUGUCUGGGAAUCCAUUCAGUCUUCUUCUGUCUCUCUUCCUAGUGUUCGAGUAUGUGAGUUUAGUUUCGUUAUGUCACUCAUUUUGAUCAAUGGUUCCUUCAUUUAGUCUUGCGAGCUUACUGUUAUGCAACUUCUUUCACCUGUGAUAAUCUCAUUCUGAAGGCUUUAAUUUAAAGAUUUUUACAGCUUUUUGAUGGACA